AUGUUCAGCAAAUUAACGAGAAAUGGAAAGAUUUACGCUUUUUUCCCUUUCCUCAUACCGGAGGAUAAUCCACACGACAGGGUCGUCGUCGACAAAGAUAAAAUAUUCGACCCUAGCAAGCAGACUGGUUGGGACAGGGUUAAGGCGUUAUUCUCGAAACACCAGGAUACCACAUUUCAUCCCAAGCUUGUAAGCGUUGUCCAUACGAGCAUAGCGAGUUUUGUAAUAGGUGGUAUUAUUGGAGGUAUAAAGUCGUCUAGGACUACCUUUAUACAGUUCAUCGAGAAUAACGAAGCAACAAAAUUUGAGAGUCAGUUCCACGCAAAGAGACUGCUGUCCGACAAGAUGUUUACGAGUUUUGGUAGUGGUGGACUGAAACUGGGUAUAAGGGUGUCCUUUUUCUGCACGUCGCUCAUGUUGUCAUACGUCUUGAUUUCCACCUACAAGAACAAAGAUGCAAUUUGGUAUUACUCAGCUGGCGGAGCAUACGCCGGUGCUAUAUACAAAUUUCCUCUUGGUCCUAAAGGAAUGAUUUCUGGUGGAGUUUUUGGUGGCUUCUUCGGAACUCUGUAUGGUGCUUUUCAUUAUCUUUCAUUACUCGCAUUAAAAUGGUCAGAGGAACAAUAUCAGCAAUCUAUUUACCAGAAAAAAGUCGAGCGAGAAGAAACCAUCAAUCAAGUACAGAAAAGGUUACUCAUGAAACAAGUAAGGGAAGAUUUUGAACAGCAGAUGCUUCGUAAAUAG